AUGAUUGUUCUUGCACUACUUUCACUUCCGGUGCUUUGGGCAAUCGCCUGGGGCAAGGAAUCCGCAUGGAACGGUCAGACACCUUCAGGGACAGACACACCAGGUCCAUUUCGGCCCUAUUACGUCCCGCCAGGUGCAAAAAGCUAUGAUUCAUCAUCUCCGCUUGUUCACUUCACUGGUUCCUGGUUUGAUUCCUUCAAUAACAUGUAUGUCGCGACGACCCUGCGUUGGACUGACGAGAAAGGAGCAGCUGCCCAGAUGGCGUUCGUGGGCACUGGUAUCGAGUGGUUUGGUAGUCUCGACAGGAGUCACGGAAUCGCCGCUGUGUUCCUCGAUGGUAAAAAAGUGCAAGAAAUUGAUACCUGGAGCAACGUGUCGCGCAAACAGCAGCGGAUCUUCUGGGAGUUCAACCUGCCAUACGGGAAACACAUCAUCAAAAUCAGAAACCUCGGGCGGGGACAAGUUGACAGCCCUGUUAUUGACAUCGAUGCCUUUGUUGUCACAGAAGGCCAUGCGACCCUUCCUCUGACUCAUGACCUGUCAAACGCAGCAACACAAUCGGGACAGAGCCAGUCCAUCGCUUCACAGGCUCAAUGGACGCUAGAACAAAAGGGCGUAACCGGCGUAUCUGCCAUGCAACUUACCGUGAUCUCUGACACUCAUGUUCUUAUUAUCGACAAAGUUGAACAUAAUCCUGUGUCCAUUGGGGGGCACCCUGCAUGGGCUACCUUGUUCAACCUCCGGACGCACGCCGUUAGGCCCCUCAAGGUCGAAUCUAACUCAUUCUGUGCCGGCGGGACCUUUCUGAGCAACGGAACUCUGAUUAACGUUGGAGGUAACCCUGUAGUCGGCGGGUACACGUCUGCGGCAGACUUCGGAGAUCUGGAUGGCUUGCAGGCAGUUCGCAUCUUCGAGCCUUGUCUAUCUUCCUCCGCCGCUCAUUGCAAAAUCUACGAGAAUCACUCCCGCAUCCGCAUGGCUAGUCCCCGCUGGUAUAACACAGUCAUCCGAAUCUCGGACGGAAGCGCAAUGAUCGUUGGCGGAUCAAAGAAGGGCGGGUGGAUGAACAACGAGACAGUGAACAACCCUACUAUCGAAUACUGGCCUCCAAAGUCCAUCCACAACUCGAUUGGCCUUCCCAUACAUCUACCGUUCCUCGUCCGCACCCUCAACGCCAACCUGUUCCCUAUCGUGUUCUCACUUCCGGACGACAGGAUCUUCAUGGCCGCUAAUCAAGAUGCUAUCAUAUAUGACUGGCGAAACAAUCAAGAGCAGGCCCUUCCGCGGAUCCCUAAUGAAUGUCGGGUCACAUAUCCCAUGGCAGGCGCUGGCCUUCUCCUUCCUUUGUCCCCCGACGAUGGUUAUGCUGCGGAGAUCCUGUUGUGUGGAGGUUCCUCGAUUGACGACAAGAAACCGGGUUACAAGAUAUCUUCUCAAGAUCCAGCAUCUUCCCAAUGCUCUCGCCUGCUGCUCACAGACGAAGGAAUUGCCGCAGGGUGGGUGGUCGAACAGAUGCCCCAGGCGCGUCACAUGCCAGACGCAGUUUUGCUCCCAACUGGCGAGGCUCUGAUCGUCAAUGGCGCAGGAACUGGAAUCUCAGGCUACGGCAACGUUGUCGAUCAGGUUGGGCAGUCGAACGCAGACCAUCCAGUCCUCACGCCAGUUCUAUACGAUCCCACCGCCCCAGCCGGGCAACGCUUUUCUUCUGCAGGAAUGAGAAGUAGCGCGAUUCCAAGGAUGUACCACUCAGUCGCAACACUGACGCCCAACGGUGAUAUCAUGGUAGCUGGGAGCAAUCCAAACUUGGAUCGGAGCGAGGUAAAGUAUGGGACGGAGUACAGAGUUGAGUGGGUCGGACCCCCAUACAUGAAAAGGAACAGGCCAGUCGUGCACAACCCUCCCAAGGCUCUCAUGUAUGGGCAGAAUCUCACCCUGAGUGUCAAGAUCCCGCCUUCCACGACUCAAGCUCGGAAUAUCAAAGUUGCGCUGAUGGAUCUUGGCUUUAUAACCCACGCUGUUCACGCGAAUAGCCGUCUGGUGUAUCUGAGCUCUUCACUCUUCAGUGAUGGACUUUCGCUACAAAUUACUGGUCCGCCAAGACCUGCCGUAUACCCACCAGGACCAGGUUGGAUAUACGUUGUCGUGGAUGGUGUUCCUAGCGUUGGGUUCCAGGUGAUGGUAGGAAAUGGUGAUGGUCCCCCUGUGGACCAAGCUGCUUGGGACAACUUGCUGAAAAUGACUGCGGUGGACCAGUACGAAUCAUUGAAGAGGAAGAAGGGAAAGAAAAAGGGGAAAUAUACCGACGACGCAGAGUAAUCUAUAUGCUAUCCUGGCUUGCAUGGCUGCUGGACAGUUGGCCUCUUAUCUUGUUAUCUAUGUUGCUCACGGACUGAC